CUAAUUAGCAGUUUUUGUUUAUUUUGUCUACUUCACCGUCUCUUUCACUCAAUCUCCGUCCCUUUCUUAUUUUCUCCGACGUUGAGAUCUCCGGCGAUGGGUGGUUGCGUCUCUUCAAAUCUCCUUAAUCCGACCGAUGAAAGCUUCUCGUCUCACCUCACCGCCUCUAGCUUAACUCACCAUUUCGUUAAGCUAACUUCAACCACUUAUGGUCUUCUCAAUCUCGACUCUUCACAUCCUCUUCCUCCGUCUCCUCCUUCCUCCUCCGUAACCUCCGCGGUAUCUCCGAUGACUCCGCCUGAGAGAUUUACUAUAAACGGUAAGGAUACGAUGGUUGUUGUUAAGUCUGAGCCGACGGAGGUUAUUAAUUUCUGGGAGCUAAUGUCAGGUCUCGACGGCGGCGAUACUUGCCGAUUCUCUCCUAUUCCGGCGAAAUGUAAUGUCUCCGGUGGUGGUGUGAUUGUGAAUAAAGAGAACUCCGAUCCUAAUUUGAAAAGCCCUAGGGAUUCGAAUCUGUUGAAGAAGGAGGUUUUGAAACCGUUAGAUCCGAAAUUAGCGGAGGAAUCUGAGAGACUACGCGGCGGCGGAGAGGAUCGUGUAGUGAUUUACACGACGUCGUUGCGCGGUGUCCGGCGUACGUUUGAGGCGUGUAACGCCGUGAGAGCUGCGAUUGAGAGUUUUGGUGUUGUGGUUUGUGAGAGAGAUUUGUCUAUGGAUAAGGGAUUCAGAGAAGAGCUUUCGAAUCUCAUGGCCGGAGAAAGAAACGGCGGUGAUUCAACGGCGGCGGUGGUGUUGCCGCCGAGGGUUUUUGUGAAAGGGAAGUACAUUGGUGGAGAAGAGGAAGUGAUGAGUUUGGUUGAAGAAGGUUUGCUUGGUGAUUUGCUUAGCGGGAUCCCGAGGAAGAAAGACCGGUGCGGAGGCGGUUGCGACGGCUGCGGCGGGUUAGCGUUUUUGCCGUGUUCGGAGUGUAAUGGGAGCUGUAAAGUGGUGGAAGGAUGGGGAAGUGAAGCUGUAGUAGUGAAGUGUAUGGAGUGUAAUGAGAAUGGUCUUGUUCGUUGUCCCAUUUGCAGCUAAUAACAAUACACUCAGUAGUAAUAAUAAUGGAAUUAAACAUACUGUAAGAUAAAGUCUCUGUGCUUUUGAUAGUAAAGGUAAUGAUCUUGAUUCUUGGUAGA